AUGAAGAGCAGCCACCGGGCGGCGGUCAUUCUUGCAUGUCUGGUCUACCUCAUCCUGGUGGCCCUCUCUCUCCUCUCGGCUCUGUUCUCGCUCUCGCUCUUCCUCCGCCCGACCGUCCCGCUCGCUGCCUCGGGUGCCAUUGCUCUCCCGCCACCUCCGCCGUCAUCGCCUCCGCCGCCUGCACUGCUGCUUGCUGACGCCUCUUGGCGUCAUCCGCGAGCAACGCUUGUUCUUCGCAUUGCCACCUCGCCUCCACGCAACAUAUCGCUCGAUAGAGCUGAGGUGGUCGCGGGCCGCGGUGUCCUCCUCCGUCCGGGCCUCCCAGGCCCGAGCGUGAUGUACUCGCUGGCGUAUGCCGACUCGGGUCGACCCGUCGCUGCUAGCGAACUCCAUACUGCCCAGCUCAUUCUCGAUGUCUCGCCGCUGCUCUUCCACUGGUCGCGUGCGUACUGGAUCCAUCAUCUCGUGUCGGCGCUCUCUCUGGCAAGCUACGUCGGCCUGGCGGCCAUCCUCUGGCUACCAUCGGUCCGUGAGCGGCUCGACAAGGAGCCGCCGGCCAGCACUGCGGCGAAAAUUCAGGCUGUUGUGCUCUCGUGCGACGUUGUUGUUGUUCUCGGCAUUCUCACCGCCAUCGUUGUGGCCCUCAUUGCCCUCGCGCCGGCCAUCUCCCUGCCAAGUCUCAGUCUCGGCGUAUAUCUCAUCUUUGCACUCCUCGCCGUCUGGCCGGUUGCCAUUGUUGCCGUCCUCGCCCGUGGACUGCAUCUCAACGACUCGCGUGGCCGUAUCGCACCCGCUGCUGACGAUGCCGAGUUGGUGCCGCCGGCUUCUCCGGCCGCUGCCCCGGCCGCUGCCCCGGCCGCUGCUCCGGCGCCUGUCUCGCCGCCGGCCACACCGCCCGCCUCGCCUCCGCGCCUCGGCCAUCCGGUAUUUGACAUCGUCGAAGGCGAGGACGAUGCCACCGCCGAUGCCACCAUUUACUGCCCGUUGUGCAUGAUGUACUUUGGCUCGGCAUAUGCCACGUCCUGCUGUCGCAACUCGUCGUGCGGCGAAUGUGCGUCCGAGUAUGUGGCGACGUCGGCCGAUGGUGGACCGUGUCCAUUCUGCAACGCAGCCGUCGGCAGCUGGGUGUACCAGCCGCUUGCUGCCGACGCCGCCGCGGGGCUCGCGUCGUACGAGGACACGCCGUUCAAGCCUGCUGGGCGCGAGGCUGCGCUGCUAGCCGCCCAGUCGCCUCUCCGUAUCGGCGCUGAUGCCGAGGAGAUGCGUCGCAAAAUGAUGCGUUUCGACGAGCUCGACUGA